ACGGUUGCCAGGGCGACAGGCGAGUGGUGGUUACCAAGGGCCGGGGCCGGGCUGCGGGCUGCAGGCGGCGGCUCCUCAGCGACAUGACGAGCGUGGUAGCGCAGCAGGAUGGCGGCGGCACUGGUGGCGGCACCGGCGGCACCGGCAGUGGCACCUACACUUUCUCCAGCCACCCCAGGGCCCUGCAAGGGAGGAAGAAAUACCGGCAGGAAGAUCAAUGUACGGCAGGAUAUUAUGGAAACAUCAUGUACGACAGAAGGGUGGUGCGAGGAAACACAUACGCACAGCAUACCCUCCCUGUGACAGCCCAGCCUGACCCUAUUGAGAUCCAGCGACAGCAAGAAAUACAGAGGAGGGCAGUUGCCCGGAGAAGAGCUAAAGCACAGUUGCGGACCACAACUCCACUCCCUCUGGAUGGAAGGAUACAUAUAGAGGUACAAACAGAAUUGUACCUGGAAGAACUCAGCGAUCGGAUAGAGGAAGUCGAUGUUGAUACUCAAACAGAUGCCUUUUUGGAUAAGCCUGCGACACCUCUUUUUAUCCCUGGAAAAUCAGGCAAGGAUGUAGCAACACAGAUCGAGGAAGGAGAGCUCUUUGACUUUGACAUUGAAGUGAAACCAAUGCUGGAAGUGCUGGUGGGGAAAACCAUUGAGCAAGCUCUGCUGGAGGUUUUGGAGGAGGAGGAGCUGGCGAAUCUGCGUGCUCUCCAACGUGAUUUUGAAGAGAUUCGCAAUGCAGAGCUUGCAGAAGUGCAGCGCAUGGAAGAGAGGGAGAGACGUUACCGAGAAGAAAAGAAACAUCGUAUGAUACAACAACAAGAAGUGUUGAACAAAGAGAAAGAAACUGCAGAUAAGAUUGCGGCACGUGCAUUUGCCCAGAAUUACCUGGCUGAUCUAAUCCCCAUAGUCUUCAGUACGCUUCGGGAUAAUGGUUACUUCUACGACCCAGUGGAGAGAGAUGUGGAGAAUGUGUUCCUGCCUUGGCUGAUGGGAGAGGUAAAGAAAUCGAUAGAGAAGAAAAUUUUGGGAAGGACCAUGUUGGACAUACUUCUUCGCGAUGUGGAAAAUAACAGAAGCCAAAUGUUCAGAGAUAGUCAGCCACCUGCGAAGAUAUGAAGAGACAAGACACAUAUUUGGUAAUGAAGGAAUUGCAGAAAUUUAAAAUUCUCUGCUAACUAAUUCUUUUUGAUCAAUAAACCAUGAAUUUGUGGUGAAAAUAGCA